AUGCGGGACAGUGUAGUGAAAGGGGAUAAUAAAAGUCCGACAGGCACUAUCGUCAUCAUCAUCAUCAUCACAAGUACCACUAGUGCAUACCGAGUGCUCCUUCGCCGCAAGCGCGUCGACGCCGCUCUUCUCGGCGAGACGAAACUCGACCGAUGUCUUUCCACCUUUGACCUAACUGCGCUUGGCAUCGGCAGUACACUUGGUUUAGGCAUUUACGUGCUAGCCGGUGAAGUGGCCAGCCGAUACGCCGGCCCUGCCGUCACUCUAUCCUUCUUCAUCGCUGCCGUUGCUUCAGUCUUUGCUGGCCUUUGCUAUGCUGAAUUUUGUUCCAGAUGCCCCAAGGCUGGCUCGGCGUACCACUUUUCGUACAUCGCCAUCGGCGAGUUUAUGGCUUUUAUCAUUGGCUGGAAUCUGGUUCUUGAAUACGUCAUUGGAACUGCAUCCGUCGCCCGAGGCUACAGCAACUACAUUGACAGCCUGCUGAAUGGCGUUAUUCAGAAGACGCUGCAAAAUUAUAUGCCAAUCAACAUCAGCGGCCUGUCGACGUAUCCCGAUUUUCUAGCAUUCGGCAUCACCUUCGUUUUGACGAUCAUGCUGGCAGUAGGUGUAAAAGAGUCGACGCGUUUCAACUCCGUCUUUACCGUGCUCAACUUGGGCGUGGUCAUCUUUGUGGUCGUUGCUGGAUCCUUUCACCUAAACUGGGACAACUGGAACAUCACCGCCGAGGAGGCCAGGAAGCACGAGGGCAGUGGCAGUGGUGGCUUCUUUCCCUUUGGCUUCGCUGGAGUCAUGUCAGGGGCGGCCACCUGCUUCUACGGCUUCAUUGGCUUUGACGUGAUUGCCACCACCGGCGAAGAGGCUAUCAAUCCGCAGAAAUCCAUUCCCAUCAGCAUUGUCCUCUCGCUGCUCUUUGUCUUUCUCGCCUACUUUGGCAUCUCCGCAGUGCAGACGCUCAUGCUGCCGUACUUUAUGCAGACAGAGGUGCUCACCGGCGGAGCGCCGCUGCCGUUUGUUUUUGGGCAGGUAGGCUGGCCAGUGGCCAAGUGGAUUAUCUCCAUUGGCGCCCUCACCGGUCUGUCUACCAGUCUCCUGGGUGCCAUGUUCCCCCUGCCCCGAGUCCUCUACUCGAUGGCUUCGGAUGGUGUCAUCUUUCGCUCUCUCGCCAAUGUCAAUCAGCACACGAAGACGCCCAUUAUUGCCACUGUCAUCUCUGGCAUUUUUGCCGGUCUGCUGGCUUGCAUCUUUGAGGUAAAAGAGCUGGCCGACAUGAUGUCAAUUGGAACCUUGCUGGCGUACAGUUUGGUGUCCAUCUCGGUGAUGAUUCUCCGUUACGGCCACCAGGCCAUUGGACUAACUGAUGAUGUGAAUCGAGACUCCACCGAGCUCCAACCUCUGGGUGAGAAUGAUUCUGACGAGAAAACGGAGGCAAAUGGAUGGAAGAAGUCCAACAGUGCGGAUGACAUUGACCAGAUGAGCAGUAUGAGCAGUGUCUUUGCGCAGUUCUUGAAUCUAAACAAGCAUAAGCAUGCCAAUGUUCUUUCCUCUCAAGUGGCCACCAGCAUGAUUGUUGCCAUCACCAUUCUUCUGAUCAUCUUCGACGCUCUUCUGGUGUUUUGUGAGAAGCAGCUGAUUGCCAAGGACAUUACCACUCUCUGCGUUACCACCUUUGUCCUUCUCCUGCUCAUUCACGCCAUCAUUGUUCUAGCAUGUCAGCCCCAGUCACUGCACAAGAUAUCCUUUCAGGUGCCCUGUGUGCCCUAUAUUCCCGUUCUCAGCAUGUUUGUCAACUUUUACCUGAUGCUGCAGCUAUCAGUCACUACCUGGAUUCGAUUUGCCGUUUGGAUGGCUAUUGGUCUCACAAUUUACUUUACCUACGGAAUCUGGAACAGCAACGAACGUAACCGAGUUUCCGCCAAACUGUACGGCUGUCAGUCAUCAAAGGAGAACAUCUCAAAGGAAGUUGCCGUCAGACUGCAGUAA